GGCGCCGGUGUUGUUUAAAGCCCUGCCCGGCCCUGCCGCGGGCACCGAGCGUUUGCAGUUCAGCCACCGCGCGGUCGGGACAGCGGCCUCGGUGAGAAUGGCCAGAGCUGCGCGUCUUUUCCUGGCUGUGGGGCUUUGCUGUGUGUGUACUUGCGCUUAAAACUGCCCCGAGCUUCACUCGUCUGUCCCUGUGCCUUUUCCUUUAGCGUCGGGGGUGCAACCCCAGCUUCGCGAGUUCCUCACACUCUCUGCUUUUAAAGGUAGAAGAUGGCAGAAUCCUCGAGGAAGUCCUUCAAAGACAGUCUGAGCGAUAUAAAACAACGUAUGAAAGAGAAAAGAACUCAGAAAUGGUUAAGGCUGGGCAAAACUACCCAGUUCUCCACCGUAAAGGCCAAAAGAGCAAACAACACCUCCAACCAAAUGAAGAUCAUUCAAGCAAACAACAGAGAUCUGGCUCUGUCCUUGCAAGAACACAAGCUCAAACUGAGGGAAGCUGAAGCUACCAUUCUUCAGCUAAGGAAAGAGUAUCACAUUUUGAAGGCUCAAAUGUUUGACUUGCAAAGAAGUCAUAGGCUCCAGCAAGAACAAGGACGUGUGGAGAACCGACUGUCAGCCUUGAAUGAGAUAAUUUCCAAAGUCUCUCAGAAUUUACUGGACUCAGUCGCUCUCCUUGGCCCAGCAAAGAACUUGUGUUCCACAGAUGUACCAUAUAAUCACAGUAAGAUUUAUUUUGUUGACAGAAUCAAAGAGUGCUUUCUUCAGGUCCUGGAAAUGGUUGCAGUGUCACAGAACCAACACAUUCAAUGGAAGCAACCCAGUGUAAUGAAAACUGUUCCUUGUGUUAAACUUUAUUGCUGCUCAGUAAAUACUACCUUUGGUAUUUUCUCUAGAGGACCUCUAAAGUGUGUUCUUGAAGACGUCCUUCCAAGUGGGAUGGAAGCUGGUGGUGACAGAAAUUCUUUGUCAAAGAUCUGUGUGGAAUCUGACAGUGACAUUUCCUUUACCAAAAUAAUUCCAAGUGAAGGGCAAAUGCUAUCUGCAUUUUUGACAGGUUCAGAAUUUUUGCAGGUUUUUCUGUUUGCCUUUAAUAUGACAUUUUCCCUUCAAUUACAAGGACAGCCAUCUGAUUUUCAUCUGAACAGCACAGAGCCAGAGCUGGAAAAUGUUUCUUCAUGUGUAAAGUUUGGAUGUAGUAGCAUGUUACCAAAAGGUGUAUCCACCAGACGUCACUUUUCAACGAUGAGGAACUCUGAUGUAAUUUGUACUGAUGUCUUGGACUGUUUAGAAGCACCUGAUUCAGUAAAAGAACUUUCUGAGCAGGAUGAAAUUAGGCUUGAGGAAAGUCUAGAGAAGUGUGCUACAGAAAAUAUAAAGGCAGCUGUUCCUCACUUGAAUGCAAGCAAAGUUGAUUCAGAGCUGGUGUUGAGGCAGAAAACUUCUGAAACUGCACAGUUCAAAUUGAAACGUAAUUCUGAUCUUAAACAACCAGAGUGUAAAAGCAGAAAAAACCCUCAACGAAGGAAAGAAAAGCAUCAGAAAGGAAAACUGGAAUGGCCACUUACUUCCCAACAAAAACCAGGAAAACUGGGUAAAGAGGCUUCUAAAGAAAAGCAGAAUUUCGUGGGUGGCAUCAGUGAUGCUUAUGACUUUCAUUUGGAAGAGAGCGUCCAUCUUACACCUUUUCGACAAAACAAGGUGAACAACAGUGAUACUGAAGUGGAGGAUGACGAAGACUCAGGUGAAACCAAUACCAUUGAGUCAAGCAGUACUGCAGGGGAAUCAGAUGACAGCCUCUAUGAGCCUUACAAGAGUAAAUCAAAGACAAGGCGAAGUUCAAUGGAUGAGAGCCCGAUGUCACCAAUCCAUCCAAGGCCAAGGUCUAAAAGAUGUUUGGCACAGCGUGAGCAGAAGCUCUGUCAUGAAGAAGAGACUGAAAACAAAUCAAGUGAUAAGUCCAUUAAGCAGCCUCCUGAGCCAUCUCGUGGGCAUCUCUGUGAUGUUACCAAUACAGCUGCAGCACUCCCCAGCACUGGGGAUGCAGAAAUUGUCCCUGAAGGUGAAGGACCUCAGUCCCCGAAACGCAAGAGGCGAAGCUGUAGUGUUACUGUGAACUACAAAGAACCAAGUAUUGUAGCGAAACUCAGGAGAGGAGAUCCAUUUACAGAUACAAAGUUCCUGUGUUCUCCAAUUUUCAAGGUGAAAAAAGAUGUUAAGCGACAUUCUCAUAAGAUUCUAUGAAAAUAUCCAGUGAGAAAUUGGUUAGUUGUCUUUGAGGUCCUCAGCAAAAUCAUGCUUCUGCCAUGAAGAAAAUAAUUUCAUUUCAAAAUACUUCAUACUUUCCUGGAUGAAGUAUUUUGUUGCACAAUAUGUUAUAUAAUUAUGUAAAUAUUUGUGUGUCUAGUAUUAAAGACAUCAGAUUAAAGGGGCCUGGAUAUAUUCUAGUGACUUAUUUUUAAUGAUACCGAUUGAUUACUUUUAUAACUGAAGUGAUUCUAUUCAAGCUCCUUUUGAACAGAUCUGGGAGUAUAUGGGAAAUCUCUGAUGGAUAAGAUGGUGAAUGUCAUUGUAUGGGUGAACUUUAGGCACUUCAAAUGUUUGGAGCAGCAAGUAUUUUUAAUAACUGUAUGGAUCUUGUUUAUGUGAUGGCUGUAGUUUCAUGUAGAAUCUUACAAUAAACAUCUUAGUCUUUUGAAACAGCUCUGAGUGAAUUGCUGUUCUUUUGGCAG